GCACUUUCUGAACUACUGUGGAAGAUCAGUACAGGGAUUAUGAUCAUUUUCAAAAUAGUAAAAAGAAAUUGCCACAUACUAAGGGCUCUUGAGGUGCCCGCACCACACUAAAGGCUUUCUCUGGUUUUAUCCUGCAAAGAACUCCUCUUUUCAGUGGAGGAAACCAAGGCUGAGAGAAGAGAUGUGACGCACCAGGGUCAUACAGACAGGAAGUACCAGAGCUAGGACAUGAACCCAGCUCUCCCGAGCUUAUGCUGGCUACUGCCGGGCACUUCUUUCUACCCUGUUUCCCUUCUAUGCACAGAAGGCCAAAUGGAGUUGGGUGGCAAGUCCUCUUCCUUCCUUAAAAAAAAAAAAAAAAAAAAUGGGGGCAGCAGCAUCCCGGCAUCCCAGAGAGAGUGAGUAGCAGGUUGUCAAGGGUUGCUCUGAACUUGGCUAUGUCUGUCAUGCUGGAGGCUCAGAGCUCAGGGAGCUGUGGGUGACUUUAGAAACAGAGUUCUGAGAGCGACCCUGGCCUUCAAGCUUCCUUCUGGAUGGGCAGCCCGGUGCCGCCCUGCCGACUAGCAGCCCCCGCUGGGCCUCGUGGGCACCAGGGUAGAAAGCAAGUCCUAGGCCCUGGGCUUGGCCAGCUUUGUGUCCUGGCUCAGCUCUCAGGGCUGGUGUCUUGGGAGUCUUUGAUAUCCGGAGGUGAAACGGGGUGUGGGGUCUCGUGGAUCCCAGUACAGUGCCCCCUACACAGCAGAUGCUCAGUAAAUGCCAGCUGCUCCUAUUUACUGUGCAGAAGGCGUCAGCCUGGGUCCUCGGCUGGCACCGAAAGGAAAAGGAACUUGUGCUGGUACUCUGGAGCCUCUGACUAAUCUGGGGGAAGCUCACCCCGGGCUUCAGCAGGGCAACUAAUAUGUGCCAGGAUUAAACGAGGCCAGGGCUCUGUGCACUCAGCCAUGGAGCCUGCCCCAGAGCUGGUGCUCCAUGACGGGUGGUCCUGUUCUUCCUUUGCUGUUUCUUCCUUCAGUCAGGAUGGUCCAGGGAGCUGAGGGGAGGGAUGAGGAGGCCAUGCCCAGUGGCCUGAGCUGGUGGAGAGGUUGUGAGGGAGGAAGCCAAGAGCCAGGCAGGGCCGGCAAGGUGGCCGGGCUAGGCUUAUGGUUUAGAGGGGAGCUCAGCUGUGGCGGUAUCCAUGGGCCUCGGAGGCCUCGAGGAAGCUGCUUGGCUGGGGGUGGUAGGGCCAAGUCCCUGGACUGCCAGGAGCAGGAAGAGUCACACAGGUGCCUGAUGAAGGCAGUUCUAUCCCACCCUCCCCUCCCCUGACCUCUCCUUGGAGCUCUGGGGAGGAAGCCAAGAGCUGGGCCAGGCAAGGAGCACCGCCCAGUCUGGUGUUCCUGCUUCCGGGGGCGGGGGAGGGGGGGCUCUGCCACUCACUGUGACCUGGCACAGCUCACUGCCAUCUUCAGGUUCUGUCUCCCCCGUCAGGGAAGUGGGGGAGCCAGAGUCUUUUUACUCUAAUGGUCAGUUAGAAGACAUGGAUUGUCUCUUUUCUUUCCUUUCAGAAAGGUGAUUGAUUCAAUCCGAGUCCUUUACUAAGCCAGUGAUGUCCGUGACUCUUUCAUUCAUUAAAAAAAUGCACUGAGCACCUUUUGUCGGCCAGGCCCAAGGUCGACAAGGAGGUCUCGUGCCAGGGUCUUGGCCUGCUCCAGGUCCCCUCGAUGCUCCCGCGGGACAUCGAGGCCCUCGACCUAUCUGGAAACCAGCUGCGGAGCAUCCUGGCCUCACCGCUGGGCUUCUACAUGGCCCUUCGACACCUGGACCUGAGCACCAAUGAGAUCAGCUUCAUCCAGACAGGUGUCUUCCAGGCCCUGCCCCACCUGGAGCACCUCAACCUAGCCCGUAACCGCCUGGCAGCGGGCACUGUGCUGAGCGCCCCUGGCCUGGGCCCCCUGCCUCGUGUGACAUCUCUGGACCUGUCGGGGAACAGCCUGUACAGUGGCCUGGUGGAGCGGCUGCUGGGGGAGGCGCCCGCCCUGCUCACCCUCUCGCUGGCUGAGAACAGCCUGACCCGCCUGGCCCGCCAUACCUUCUGGGGCACGCCUGCACUUGAGCGGCUCGACCUGCACAGCAACGUGCUCAUGGACAUCGAGGACGGUGCUUUCGAGGCCCUGCCCCACCUGGCCCACCUGAAUCUCUCCAGGAACUCCCUCACCUGCAUCUCCGACUUCAGCCUCCAGCAGCUACGAGUACUUGACCUGAGCUGCAACAGUAUUGAGGCCUUUCAGACGGCCCCCGAGCCCUGGGCCGAGUAUCAGCUGGCCUGGCUCGACCUGCGGGAGAACAAACUGCUCCACUUCCCCGACUUGGCCGCGCUCCCGAGACUCAUCUACCUGAACGUGUCCAACAACCUCAUCCGGCUCCCUGCAGGGCCACCCCAGGGCGGCGAGGGCAUCCACGCACCUUCUGAGGGCUGGUCGGCCUUGCCCUUCUCGAACCCCAGCCGGAACGCCAGCAGCCACCCCCUCUCCCAGCUCCUGAAUCUGGAUUUGAGCUACAAUGAGAUCGAGCUGGUCCCCGAGGGCUUUCUGGAGCCCCUGACCUCCCUUCGCUUCCUGAAUCUCAGCCGGAACUGCCUGCGAGGCUUUGCGGUGCCGGGCGCCGCCUUCCUGCCCUGCCUCGUGCACCUGGACGUGAGCCACAAUGCGCUGGCGACGCUGGCGCUGGCCUCCAGAGCGCUGGGGUCUCUGCGGACACUGCUCCUCCAGGACAAUGCCCUGCAGGACCUGCCCCCGUACACUUUUGCCGGCCUGGCCAGUCUGCAGAGGCUGAACCUUCAGGGAAACCGAGUCAGGCCUUGUGGGGGGCCGGGGGAACCUGGAGCCCUGGGGUGUGUGGCCUUCUCUGGCCUCUCCUCCCUCCGCGUCCUGAACCUGGUGGACAACGAGAUGGAGCGGCUGCGGGCGGGGGCCUUCCUCCACACGCCGCUUACCGAGCUGGACCUCUCUGCGAACCCCGGGCUGGAUGUGGUCACAGGGGCCCUGGCAGGCCUGGAGGCCUCCUUGGAGGUCCUGGCCCUGCAAGGCAACGGGCUGGCCGUCUUGCAAGUGGACCUGCCCUGCUUUAGCUGCCUUAAGCGUCUCAAUCUCGCCGAGAACCGCCUGAGCCGCCUGCCCGCCUGGACGCAGGCCGUGUCCCUGGAGGUACUGGACCUGAGAAACAACAGCUUCAGCCUCCUGCCGGGCAGCGCCAUGGGUGGCCUGGAGACCAGCCUCCGGCGCCUCUACCUGCAGGGCAAUCCGCUGAGCUGCUGCGGCAAUGGCUGGCUGGCCGCCCAGCUGCACCAGGGCCGUGUGGACGUGGACGGCACCCAGGACCUGACCUGCCGCUUCGGCUCCCAGGAGGAGGUGGCCCUGAGCCACGUGCGCCCCGAGGACUGUGAGAAGGGGGGGCUCAAGAAUGUCAACCUCAUCAUCAUCCUCACCUUUGCACUGGUCUCGGCCAUCCUCCUCACCACCCUGGCCACCUGUUGCUGUGUCCGCCGGCAGAAGUUCGGCCAACAGUACAAAGCCUAGAGAAGCCGGGGGCGGCAGAACGGCGCAGCCGGGAGACCUGCCCAGGUGAGCCGGGCAGCCGGAGCUCAGACGGGGGUGGGGACUGACCCAAGGUCACACGGCGAGUCUCUACAUCCCAGCCCAGGGCUCCUUUCCUCAUGUGCUGCUGUCUUGGUAGGCAACCCACUUCCCAGGCCACACAUGUGGUCCGGCUGUGCAGGCCGGAAGUUGGCCAGUUUCAGGAGUGACAGAGAGCGAGGUCGACCUGCCCAAUCAGCAAGUCUCGGCCAGGCAUCUGUUUUGUGCCACAUCCUGCUCCGGGCGUGGGGGACGCCAGUGAGGGAGACACACCCCUGCCCUGAAGCAGCUCCGAGUCCUUGGGGGGGGGGAGGGGGUCGCCAAGCCACGCAGUGACCACGCAGAGUGGAAGGCCGGGGCUCCGGGGCGCUGCAGCCCCAGCUGGCUGAGACGCGGAGAGUCCUGCCCCGGCGGGGCCAGAGCACAGGAGGGGCGAGACCAGGGACAGUUGUCUGAGACGUGUCCAAGCGGACUGUGUGUCACAUCUUCCCAUAAUGACUUUCAGCUUCUCUGGCGCACGAAGAGCUUGUGAGCGGAAGAGCAGCCACGUGAGUGGGUCUUGGAUCCAGCUAUGUGGCUGCAUCGGUUCCUGCAGAGCCUGGGGUUCUGGCCCCAGGGCCGACCCUUCCACUUCCUGCUCCGAGCGGGCUCUUUCCCUGCCCGGCACUCUCGGGGUGCGCAUACUCACCCCAGUACUGUUCUAGCCCCUCAACUCCCUAUGCAGGCACCCUGUUCGUCCCCAGCGCCGCCACCCUGGCUGGUGAGCCAGGAGUUAGAACCUAAGGUACCCGGUUCUGUUUUGCCCCAGGCUUGCCGGCAGCGGGAACACGUCUUGCCUCUCUAGGACAGCCAGCCCUCUGAGGUUGGGAUUUAACCAUUUUACAAGAACUCCAGAACUCUCCCUCCAGGGUCCUGCAGCUAAGAAAUGCCAGACCUGAGAUUCAGGCUCAAAUCCGCCUGUCUCCCCAGCCUGACCUUUGCCACUGCGGGGGCAGUCGGCUGUUAGGUGGACAGGAAAUGGCCCCAUAUCGAGGGAGCAGGGCCUGGGAGCCUCUGGCGCUGCACAUGCCCACCCACUCCUCUCCCUCCUCUCUCCUGGGCAGGCAGACACAGGCUGCCUCGUUCUCUGCCUCAGUUUCCCUUAUUCCCUCGUUUGCAGACUGGUGUGUGUUCACCUCUUGCUCUUGCGUUCUCUCUUCGUCCAUUGAGCAGAGCCUGGAGUUUGAGACCGGGGAGUCCAACCUCCCCAUUGCACAGAUAGGGAGACUGAGGCUGAGGAAGAGACUGGCACUUGCUCAGAGCCUCACAAGCCAGUGGUAAAGCCUGUGACACAAGUGGAUUCAGACCUCAUUGCGGGUGUGAAGGGGAUUUGGGGGCUGGACCGGAGUGAUUUCCUUCUCCCCCAGCUGUCCUAUCACAAGGUAACGCUGGCUCCAAACGCUUUCGGGUCCUCGUCAUGCACGGACCUUUCCUCCUACCAAAGUGGGUAGAAAAGCCCAUCUAGAUAUGACCCCCUGUUCCUCACGCCCUUGGAAUCGUGGGCUGUCCAGGAAGCCCUGGGGUCAGCCCAAGACCCUCUGUUGUUGUCUUCACCCAUGUUGUUGUCUUUACCCAUACUUGGCCCGUGGUCUGGCUCACGAUGGUGCUUGGUAAAGUGUGAGACAAUGAAAACACCCUUCUCUCCGCCCCAUUUUAUAGACAAGAAAACUGAGGCCCAGAGAGGGUCAAGGACUCAGGGAGUCAGUGGCAGAAGCCGGGGCUAGAAGCUGGUGUCCUGGCCUCAGCCUGGGGCCCUGGUGGCAUGUGGGACAGCCAAGUGGACCCAGUCCUGGUUGGGAUCACAACCAUAGGUGCUCACUGCCCAGAAACACUCUUCCCCAGGCCUGGAGGGCAAGGUGUGGGCCCCUUCAGGCCUGAUCUCUGAAAACACUACACAAUGCUGCUCUCACCUCAAGGAGCCAGGCCGCAAUUCCGGCCUGGGGACCAGCUCUUUGUAUAACCCACAUGAAUGUAUUAAAAUAUAAUUUUGGAGAAACA